GCGUCGCGCCUCGGCGCUGUCUGCGUUGCGAGAAGGGAAGUGGGCCCAGCAGCUGCGGGGCUCGGCUGCCGGCGGAGGUGGCGGUCUAGCUGGGAACCGGUGGAGGCCGCAGCGAGGCUGCAGGAAGAUGUUACCGAGUACUUCAGUUAAUUCCCCAAUGCAGGGGAAUGGGGCGUUGAAUUCCAGGGACGCAGCAAGACACACAGCUGGAGCAAAGCGCUACAAAUACCUGCGAAGGCUUUUUCGUUUUCGGCAGAUGGACUUUGAGUUUGCUGCCUGGCAGAUGCUCUACCUGUUCACUUCCCCGCAGAGGGUUUAUAGGAACUUUCAUUAUCGAAAACAGACAAAGGAUCAGUGGGCCAGAGAUGACCCAGCGUUCUUGGUCCUACUAAGUGUCUGGCUCUGUGUGUCCACUGUCGGGUUUGGCUUUGUGCUGGACAUGGGAUUUUUUAAGAUGAUAAAGCUUCUCCUUUGGGUCGUAUUCAUAGAUUGUGUGGGCGUUGGCCUUCUCAUUUCAACUCUGAUGUGGUUUAUCUCAAACAAGUACUUAGUGAGGCGGCAGAGCAGAGACUGUGACGUGGAGUGGGGCUACGCCUUCGACGUACACCUGAAUGCUUUUUAUCCUCUCCUAGUCAUUCUGCAUUUCAUCCAGCUUUUCUUCAUCAACCAUGUCAUCCUGACAGACACGUUUAUUGGAUACCUGGUUGGCAACACCUUAUGGUUGAUUGCAGUUGGCUAUUACAUCUACGUAACCUUCCUGGGGUACAGUGCUUUGCCAUUUCUGAAAAAUACGGUGAUUCUUCUCUAUCCAUUUGCACCUCUCAUUCUGCUCUAUGGGCUGUCACUCGCACUGGGAUGGAACUUCACCCACACACUGUGUUCCUUCUACAAGUACAGAGUAAAAUGAAAGAAGUGAGACUUACACCCUGUGUCAGCAGUAUUGGUGAAGUGAAUUCUUAUGAAACUUGUAAGUAAACUCAUUAUAGAUAGCUUAAAGGUGUAAAAUUUGCAAAUUUGAGGAAAUAUGUAUGUUAACACUAUUGUCAAAUACAUUCCCUAAAACUAAUGUAUGUUUCUACAAUAAAUAUUUUUUAAACUAAA